CUAGUUUUCAAAAUGGUGGAAUUCUAGUUUUCAAAAUGGUGGAAUUCUAGUUUUCAAAAUGGUGGAAUUCUAGUUUUCAAAAUGGUGGAAUUCUAGUUUUCAAAACGGUCCCUAGUAGUGGGAAAGGGCCUCCUUGCAGCUUUUUAUAACAGCACCUCAAAGGUGUCACACCUUUGCCAAAGGGACCCUAGCAACUGGUAGAAUGUAAGUUAUUAUGAGGACAGGGGAUUGUGAUGGUGCCUGGGCUGUGGAGUCUGGUGAGGUCAAAUGUUAGUGCCUCAAAAGAUGUCCUUUGGCCUCCAUCAGCAGCAUUGUGGUCUCCUGAAUGACAACUGAGGACAGGGAAAUGAUGGAAGCCCGUGGAGGGGGAGAAAGCUGCCCAAACUUCCCCAAGAUGGUGCCUGGUGAUCCCAUUGCUGAAGGGAAGUCAAAGGCUUCUUUGGAAGCAGAUCCCCCGAAGCCAGACUCCUCCUGCAACUACCCGGAGGAGAUGGAGACUUGCGAGGACAGAGGCUGCCCAGGGCAGAAGCCACUGCCCCUCAAGGCUGGUCCCACCACCAAGGGCCAGGCGGGCGACGGGCCCCAGCUCGCGGAGCUGCCCCCAGACCUGGGGACCAAGCGCAACGUUGAGAUAGAGCUGGAGAAGGCGCGCAUGGAGUUCGAGCUCACGCGGCUGAAGUACCUGCACGAGGAGAACCAGAGGCAGCGGCAGCACGAGGAGGUGAUGGAACAGCUACAGCAGCAGGCGGCGCCCCGCCUGUUUUCAGGAGGGCUCCGGGAUCUCCUGCUCCCCCAGAACCAGUUUGCCAUGUUCCUGUACUGCUUCAUCUUUAUACACAUAAUCUAUGUCACCAAGGAGAUGGUCGUCUUUCUCUUCUCCAAGCAUUACCUCUUCUGCAUUGCAGCCAUUUUGCUCUAUUUGAUUAAAACUUUGUGGCUCUACUUCCAAGUGCCUUCAGUCUCUUCAUCUCUGGGAAUCCCCAUGCUAGGGUGUCAUCAGGACAUGUUGAAAUUAGCCACCACCCUCUCUUCCUCGUCCCUUCCUGGAACCUCUUUCCCUCAUGUUGUACCUCCCUCCAACCAGAACCUGCUCUUAGGGAAGACCCUGCUGUCCACCAUUUAAACUUUAGUGCAAAGAAAAAUGUUCAGGCCUCUUGUACUAAGCCCAAGUUCUCACUGUGGACAAAGAUACUUUGUCCUGAGGACUUCUAGUUUCUGAUCUGGCAUGUAAAUUUGGAAGUCGUCCCUCCCGUAACAAGAAAAACUGAAAAGGAACAACUCUUCUGAGAUCCAACAGAGAACUGAGGUCACGGAGCAAACCAGCACUCUGAAAACUGGAGGCACAGGUAGAUCCAGAAAACUCAAAGCUUACCCAGAGCAGAAACCACUGCUAGACCCAGCAUUGAGCAGGGACAGUGAAAGGAUAAUUGAGUAACUGCUGGAGACUGAGUGUGGACUAGAGGUAAAAACUCCUGGUGGUAUAGCUUUAGGGGAAGCCCUGCAUUUUAUGAGUUUUACCUGUAGGCACCCUACCAGAUUCUCACCACAAGGAUCGAAGAAAAAUCUCUACUCCUACUUCCAGCGGGGGAGGGGAGAAAUAACCAUUUUGAAACAAGCCCAGAGUGCUUUGUUCUCCUUAACAAUGACCUGCCCUCAAGGAAAACUAUGUUAACUGAUGGGGUGAGGAGAACACCCAACUCUCACCCCCUUUAGCCCAAGAUCACAGCCCAGGAGCACAGGCUUACUAAAAGACUGAGACCUCAUCAUAGGAUGAUAGAACACCCCCUAACAUCAGUAGGGCUCUUAUAUAACAAAAGGGGGUUACAGCUGAAGAGAACUGCAAGGCUCAGACCUGUUUAAAGAAUCUCUGGGGAAACCCAAGAACAGGGGAGACAAAAGCAAGAGCACAGGGAGAAAUUUUAGCCUUUGAACCUACAGCUAUAAGAAACAGUAAGUAUUACCUAAUUCCUUGCCAAAUAAACAUAAAACUUCACACCAAAGGCCUAUUGACCUCAGCUCCUUUUACCUAAUACAUCCUAUCUGGUUUUCAACAAAAAAAUUACAAGACAUAUUAAGAAGUAAAAAAACACAAUCUGAAGAGACAGAACAAGCAUCAGAACCAGACUCAGGUAUGGCAGAGAUUUUGGAAUUAUCAGACCAGGAAUUCAGACUAUGAUUAAUACACUAAGGGCUCCAGUGGAAAAAGUGGACAAUGUGUAAGGACAAAUGUGUAAUGUAAAUAGAUAGAAAUGCUAUGAAAGAACCAAACGGAAAUGCUAGAAAUCAAAAAUGCUAUAACAGAAAUGGGCUCAUCAGUGGACUGAACAUGGUUGACGAAAGAGUCAGUGAACUCGAAAAUAUGUUAAUAGAAACUGUCCAAAGUGAAAAGCAAAGAGAAAAAAACUGAAAAAAAAGUGUAACAGAAUAUCCAAGAAUUGUGGGACAAUUACUAAAAGUGUAACAUAUGUGUAAUAAGAAUGCAGGAGAAGAGAGAGAAAGGAACAGAAGAAAUAUUUGAAGUUGAAAUAAUUGUCGAGGAUUUUCUAAAAUUUUUGACUCACACCAGACCACAGAUCUAGGAAGCUUAUGGAACACCAAACAAAGUUAAUACCAAAAAAGGACAUCUAGGCAUAUUGUACUGAAACUAUAAAAUAUCAAAGAAAAAGAAAUUUUUGAAAGAAGCCAGAUGGAAAAAAAAAAAAAAAAAAAACCUUA